UAGCAGAGCGGGGAUUUUAAAUGACCCGCGUUGACGGCCCCUUUUAACGACUGCUGGCGGGUUAUAAGACAAGGCGCAAAAUUACUGGCGCCAGCUCAGAGCGAGCGGACUGCGGAACACAUCACAGCUUAGCCAUAUGCUCCCUGCUUACAGACUCUUUGACCAGUUUUUCUAAAUAAUGCCUUGUGUCACACCAUCCUAACUUUUGCAUUUGAGGAUAUCCGUGGAGAGAACGCAUUUUCAGAGAGCAUCAUAUUAAGGCUCUCGACACUCAACAAGGUCACACGCGUGGAUACCAUGCCAAGUAAGAAAGUGCUACGAACAGAGCAGAUUAACACUACAGAUGUAGCUCCUAAAACCAAUUCUGUGCGUCCCAGGAAGAGGAAAGCAGACGUGGCUAUUCAUUUACACGAUCUAGAUGAGGAAAUCACAGAGAUGACCAGAAAGAAACCAUGUGCAUCCCAGGCCUGCUGGAAUCCUGACACUGGUUACACAAGCCCAUGCAGGCGGAUCCCCACACCUGAUGAAGUCGAGGAACCGGUUGCUGUUGGCAGCAUGGGAUUCACACAGUACGCCACAGAAAGCAUUUUCAUCACCCCCACGCGCUCUACCCCUCUGCCGGCCCUCUGCUGGGCAAGCAAAGAUGAUGUGUGGAACAACCUGCUUCGAAAAGACAAACUUUACUUGCGAGAUAUGCACGUUAUGGAGAGACAUCCAAAUCUCCAACCCAAAAUGAGAGCGAUUCUGCUGGAUUGGCUAAUGGAGGUUUGUGAGGUGUACAAGUUACACAGAGAAACGUUUUACUUGGGUCAGGACUACUUCGAUCGCUUCAUGGCCACACAAGAGAAUGUUCUUAAAACAACACUACAGCUUGUAGGCAUCUCAUGUCUCUUCAUAGCUGCCAAAAUGGAGGAAAUUUACCCUCCUAAGGUGCAUCAGUUUGCUUAUGUCACUGAUGGGGCGUGCUCCGAGGAUGACAUUCUUAGCAUGGAAAUUAUCAUCAUGAAGGAGUUGAAUUGGAAUUUGAGUCCUUUAACCCCAGUGGCUUGGCUCAACAUCUACAUGCAGAUGGCCUAUCUAAAGGAGACUGCUGAAGUUCUCAUAGCCCAGUACCCACAGGCUACAUUUGCGCAGAUUGCAGAGCUCUUGGAUCUGUGUGUACUGGAUGCAAGAAGUCUGGAGUUCUCUUACAGCCUCCUCGCAGCUUCUGCACUCUUCCACUUCUCUUCUCUAGAGCUAGUGAUGAAAGUUUCAGGGCUGAAGUGGUGUGAUUUGGAGGAGUGUGUGAGAUGGAUGGUCCCUUUCGCCAUGUCUAUUCGUGAAGCAGGCAGCUCAGCCCUCAAGACCUUCAAAGGAAUAGCAGCAGAUGACAUGCACAAUAUCCAGACGCAUGUGGCUUACUUGGAAUGGCUGGGGAAGGCGCACUCAUAUCAGCUAGUGGACAUCGAGAGCAGUCAGAGGUCUCCGAUUCCCUCUGGAGUGCUCACACCACCACACAGCAGCGAGAAGCCCGAGAACACCGUCUCCUGACUUCCUUUAUGUAUGGAAUAGGACACAGCCCUGACUGAGUUGAAGUGAAAAUCAACAAAUGAAUGGCAUUACAGGACAAAUCCAGCUAUCAGUUCACAUGCAUUGGCAUAAGACUCAAAAGACCAAAAAUGUCUAAUGCUUUUUUUUUU